UGCAAGGGCAAAGGCAGGGACAAUGCGUGAGCCACGCAGCAGACACCCCAUUUUAUACAAACAGGGCUCGUUCAUAGUGGUGCCUGGGAAAGUCAGAGCUGGGAACGCUGAACGCAUGGAGAGGCGAUUGUUCACUGGCUUUGGGGGGAAGUAGGGAGCUUGGGGACAAGGUGGUGGCAAGAUGCUAGAGGGGCUUCUCUCAUGGGAAAGCUCCAGAGCCGAAGAAAACCAUGCGUGCUCUGAAUGAUCUCCAUGGGGCUGAGGCAUACGUGCGCAUCUGCUGAACUGUACGUAUCUGUGUAACACAUCGAUCUCUGGCUGGGUGCCCCACAGGCGAUCGAGAGGGCAGGGAUGUCGCAGAGCAAAACCAGCAAGGAUGCUUCUGCUGCCAUCUUGGCUGAGUGCCCUGUAUGUUAUGAGCCAUUUCAGUCUCCGAAAGUGUCGCGCCGAGUGCUGAGCUGUGGGCACACCUUUUGCCAUGACUGCCUGGUCAAGUGCCUGCUGGCAUCACGGGACGAAGGCCGGCUCCAGAACAGCCUCAUCUGCCCUGUCUGCCGCUUUGUGACCUUCCUCUGCAAGAAGAGGCACUGCUGGUCCGCCAAGCCGUCCCUGACCCCUCCCUCCUCUCUGGAGUUGCCGCUCUCACCCUCUUCAUUGCCCUGCGGAGUGGCAAACACAUUAGCGGUGCCCGGCCAGUUCCUGAUGCCGCUGCAUGUUUUCAAUAGGCGCCAGAGUGACUGCAGCUGUCCUGGCAUGGACACGAUGGUGCGGCCUGGUGGCUUGGAGCAGGAGUCACACAUCUUCAUGAUCACCCAGUGUGGAAUGCCGUUGAUUGAGGAGAACUAUGGAGUCGUCGCACAGAACAGCAACGUAGAAGCUCCAGGAUCAGUGGUAUCUCAGAGGUCUCUUGGAGCAGGCUGCUUCCAGUCGCCCAUUAUGCUGGCGAUUUUCCUUGUCUCUGCUGUUGCUCUGCUGGGGGCUGUUCUCCCCUGGCUACUCCUGGUGAAAAAGAAUGACUAAGCAUGGUGGAUGGACUUCCCUGUAGGAUCUUCCUGCCUACCCUGUGGAGCUACUUCACGAACAAAGCAAUCCCAUGCCACAUCUGCGGUCUGGAAGGCUGAAAUCUGGCAGGGUUCUGACAGAGGGGAGAUCCACGAAGGAAACUGGGAACUGCAGGAAAUGCUAUUUGUGUCAUCCUUCUUUUGUCCUGGUUGAUAGUCCCCUAGGCAUGGUUCAGAGAA